AUGCCGGACCAUUUAGGAGAUGAUAUGAGGAAAGUUAAAGACGGUAAUAAAGAGGAACCAGAGAAAGAAAUCAAAUCUCUAGAUGAAGGUGAUAUAGCUCUUCUGAAGACAUAUGGACAAGGACAAUAUACAAAAAGCAUAAAGACAUGUGACGAUGAUAUACAAACUAUAAUAAAGAGAGUUAAUGAACUUACUGGUAUCAAGGAAUCUGAUACUGGGUUGGCCCCACCUGCUUUAUGGGAUUUGGCAGCCGACAAGCAAACAUUGCAAAAUGAACAACCGCUGCAAGUUGCUCGUUGUACAAAAAUUAUUAAUGCCGAUACCGAUGAUCCAAAAUACAUUAUCAAUGUGAAACAAUUUGCUAAGUUUGUUGUAGACCUGGCUGAUUCUGUAGCACCCACAGACAUUGAAGAGGGUAUGAGGGUUGGCGUUGAUCGUAACAAGUACCAGAUUCACAUCCCCCUUCCUCCAAAAAUUGACCCCACAGUAACCAUGAUGCAAGUCGAAGAAAAACCGGAUGUUACUUAUAGCGAUGUCGGUGGCUGUAAAGAACAAAUUGAAAAGUUGAGGGAAGUUGUCGAGACUCCAUUGUUGCAUCCUGAAAAAUUCGUCAAACUAGGCAUAGAACCCCCAAAAGGAGUGCUUCUUUUUGGUCCUCCUGGUACUGGAAAAACGCUGUGUGCGAGGGCUGUAGCAAAUCGUACUGAUGCUUGUUUCAUUAGGGUAAUUGGUUCCGAACUGGUACAAAAAUAUGUUGGUGAGGGAGCUCGAAUGGUAAGAGAACUCUUCGAAAUGGCUAGAUCUAAGAAGGCUUGUUUAAUAUUUUUCGAUGAAAUUGAUGCUAUUGGUGGAGCUAGGUUCGAUGAUGGCGCCGGAGGAGAUAAUGAGGUACAACGUACUAUGUUAGAACUUAUCAAUCAACUUGAUGGUUUUGAUCCUCGAGGUAAUAUCAAAGUUCUAAUGGCAACCAACCGACCAGAUACGCUAGAUCCUGCUUUGAUGAGACCUGGCCGUCUUGAUCGUAAAGUUGAAUUCGGACUUCCUGAUUUAGAAGGACGUACUCAUAUAUUUAAAAUCCAUGCCCGGUCGAUGUCUGUUGAAAGAGAUAUACGAUUUGAAUUACUCGCCAGAUUAUGUCCCAAUUCAACCGGAGCCGAAAUUCGAAGCGUUUGUACUGAGGCUGGCAUGUUCGCCAUCAGAGCUAGAAGGAAAGUUGCCACCGAAAAAGAUUUCUUAGAAGCUGUCAAUAAGGUUAUAAAAUCAUAUGCUAAGUUUUCGGCUACUCCCAGAUAUAUGACUUAUAAUUAGGAUGUUUUUUCGGCUAUUUUUUUAUUUUUGAGAAGUGUUAGUUUUAAUUUUCAUUUAAUUAAUAAAUGAUGCUGAUUCCAU